AUGCGAUGUAGGCUUCCGGGCAUUCAGAAGCUGGUGGCCAGUGCCCGCUUCCUGGAGAUCUACUGCGAGCCAGCUGCGGGGGAGACCGACGAGGCGCACUUGGAGGCUCUCCGCACCAGGAAGCUGGCUCGCAGGGCCUUCAAGAACGCCUUGUCCGGGGCUCUCAAGGAGGCAGAGGAGCAAGGCAAGAACUUGAUUACCGAGCCACUGAUGGCUUCUGUGGAGGCGGUGCGGGGUCCCCGGGCGAUCGUCACGCCCUGGUCGAGUCACGCAGCGCAUCCGCCUGGUCUCUAUUGCCAGAAGGUUUGCGAGAAUCGCCCGGAGCAAGAAGAGCACUUCCUCUGA